AUGAGUCAACAGGGUUAUGUUGCUGCACCCCCGUACUCCCAGGCCCAGCCAGGGAUGGGGGGCUACCAAGGUGGAUUUGGAACUGGUCCUGCACAGCCCCUGUACGGGCACUAUGGGGGACCGCCUCAGGCAUUUUCGGCUCCACCAACAGGUAUGAUGAAAUCACCGGUCUCCUCUGCUGCCGGUAUGCCUCCACCUCCAGUGUCCAGUCAAUACAAUCCAAAUGUCCAGCAGAACGGCGCACACCCACAAAGAUAUCCUGCUCCACCAGCCGCUUCUGCUGCUUAUGGACAACCUCUACAGGCCCCAUACAACAGCAUGGGCUCUGCUGCCCCGCCUCCAGCGCAGCAGCUCACUAAUCAGAUGGGUGCUAUGAACUUGGGCAACUAUGCCCCAGGUCCCAUGCAGAGCCCUCCUCCUCCAACAAACUCUGUAGCCCAGCAGCCUUUCCAAACAUCCCCUCCUCCAGCAAUGGGCCAGCCGCAGAUGCCUCCAGGCAUGCAGUCACCCCACAUGUCCCCCCAGAUGUCUCCACCACAGUCACCCCCAGCAACCAUGCCAAUGGCAGGCCCGCCGAUGGCAGGCCCUCCGAUGGCAGGCUCUCAGAUGGCAGGCCCUCCGAUGGCAGGCCCCCCGAUGGCAGGCAUGGGAAGACCCUUUCCGGGGCCACCUUCAGGCCCUGGAGGAUUCCAGCAGCUUGGUCCCGGAGCUGCUGGUCCACCAGGAUACCCACAGCAAGGAGGCCAGUUUGGGGGACAAAUGGCAGGGCCCCAGACAGGUAUGCCAGGGGCUUUCCCCGGAGCACCAGGUGGACUGGCGGGACCACCUCAGAAGAAACUGGACCCUGACUCUAUCCCCAGCACAACCCAAGUCAUUGAGGACGACCAAGUAAAACAUGGGGGGCAGAUCUACAGCACAAACGUCAGAGGACAGGUUCCACCUCUGGUCACCACUGACUUCACAGUACAGGACCAAGGCAAUGCCAGUCCCAGGUUCAUGCGCUGCACCACCUACUCCCUACCUUGCACCGCGGAUCUGGCCAAACAGUGCCAAGUCCCCCUGGCUACCAUCAUUAAACCUUUUGCCACUUUGCCAAAGAAUGAGACUCCUCUAUAUGUUGUGAACCAUGGUGAGACAGGCCCAAUCCGCUGCAAUCGAUGCAAGGCCUACAUGUGUCCCUACAUGCAGUUUAUUGAUGGAGGUCGUCGCUACCAGUGUGGUUUCUGCAACUGUGUCAAUGAAGUGCCAGUGUUCUAUUUCCAACAUCUUGAUCACAUGGGCCGGAGGGUGGACCUCUACGAGAGACCUGAGCUAUCCCUGGGGUCCUAUGAGUUCAUAGCCACCAUGGAAUACUGCAAGAACAACAAGCGCCCAAACCCUCCUGCCUACAUUUUUAUGAUUGACGUGUCGUACAACAACAUUAAAAGUGGACUGGUCAGACUGAUAUGUGAUGAGCUGAAGACUCUUCUGGAGAAUCUGCCCAGAGAGGAAGGUGCGGAGAGCUCUGCGAUUAAGGUCGGCUUUGUCACCUACAACAAGAUCCUUCACUUCUACAAUGUGAAGAGCGCUCUGGCUCAGCCCCAGAUGAUGGUGGUUUCAGACACAGCUGAGAUGUUUGUCCCGCUGCUUGAUGGCUUCCUUGUCAACUACCAGGAAUCGAGGGCCGUUAUCUCCAACCUCCUGGACCAGAUCCCUGACAUGUUUGCAGACACCAACGAGAGUGAAACGGUCUUUGCCCCUGUCAUCCAGGCUGGCGUGGAGGCAUUCAAGGCAGCAGAAUGUAGUGGAAAGCUCUUCAUCUUCCACUCCUCCAUGCCCACUGCUGAGGCUCCUGGCAAGCUGAAGAACAGGGAUGACAAGAAGCUGGUCAACACAGAGAAAGAGAAAACCUUGUUCCAGCCUCAGAAAGGAGUGUAUGAACAGCUGUCUAAGGACUGUGUGGCGCAGGGCUGCUGUGUGGAUCUCUUCCUCUUCCCCAGCCAGUACAUUGACUUGGCAACCAUGGCUGAUGUGCCUUCGCACACUGGAGGCUCCGUCUACAAAUACAACAACUUCCAGGUGGAGACCGACGGGGAGCAUUUCCUGAGGGACCUGAGGAAAGAUGUGCAGAAGAACAUCGGAUUUGACGCCAUCAUGCGCGUUCGUACCAGUACAGGCUUCAGAGCCACAGACUUCUUUGGAGCCAUCCACAUGAACAACACCACAGAUAUAGAGAUGGCGGCUGUGGAUUGCGAGAAGGCGGUGACCGUAGAGUUGAAGCACGAUGAUACGCUCAGUGAGGAGACUGGGGCACUCAUGCAGUGUGCAUUGCUGUACACCACCAUCAACGGAGAGCGACGGCUCCGCAUCCAUAACCUCAGUCUGAACUGCAGCUUGCAGUUAUCGGAGCUGUACAAGAGCUGCGAGACUGACUCGCUCAUCAACUUCUUUGCUAAAUCAGCUUACCGUGCCAUAUUGAACCAGCCUCUAAAGAAUGUGAGGGAGAUCCUGGUCAACCAGACAGCCCACAUGCUGGCCUGCUACAGAAAGAACUGUGCCAGCCCCUCCGCAGCCAGCCAGCUGAUCCUGCCUGAUGCCAUGAAGGUGUUCCCAGUCUACAUGAACAGCCUCAUGAAAACUGCUCCCUUGGUUGGCAGCACAGAGCUCUCAACAGACGACAGGGCCCAUCAAAGGCUGUCGGUCAUGGGCAUGGGGGUGGAGGACACACAGCUGCUGCUCUACCCACGCCUCAUCCCACUGCACAACACGGACGUCAGCAGCGAGGCCCUGCCUACUCCACUGCGCUGUUCAGAGGAGCGUCUGACGGACUCUGGCCUGUUCCUGCUGGAGAACGGCCACUCCAUGUUUUUGUGGCUGGGCCAAGCGAGCCCGCCAGACCUCAUCCAGAACAUCCUUAACCUGCCUUCCCUCGCCCACCUGCAAGGACACAUGUGUGCUCUGCCAGAACUGGACAACCCAUUGUCAAAGAAGAUCCGAUCCAUCAUCAGUGGCCUGCUUGAAAAGAGGCCGAACUCCAUGAAACUCCAAAUCGUGAGACAGAAGGACAAACCGGAGUUGUUGUUCCGUCAGUUCCUGGUGGAGGAUAAAGGCCUGCACGGCGGAGCUUCCUACAUGGACUUCCUUUGCUACGUUCACCGAGAGAUCAGGCAGCUGCUCACUUAACCCCCCUGAACGGCCGGCCUCAGUGUCCCCCUUCCCAACCAGCCUGGGAGAAACAGGGCAUCUAACGGACCACGCACAGAUCUUACAGGGUCAGUCUCAGUUGGCUCCAUUUGAAUUCUUCAGGAUGGUCCACAGAAAGGAACUUUAAGCGUUUUACAAAGACAGAGGAAGAAAGGAGGAACCAGGGAGAGCCUUUUGAGAUUUAACCUUGAGAGUCCAAAGCUGCCUUUCCAACACGCUUUAGUAUACACACAGUAUGACCUUCAAAUAACCACUUGUCCACUUGAGGAACUUCCAAGUAAAACUGGAGAAAUGAAAUGGACAACACAUCCAGCAAUUUCCCGCACAGAUACUUGUGUGUGAUGGACUGUGGAGACCGGAAUGACAUCAGCGCCUCAGGCUGGAACGCAUUUUGGCAUAAAGCCUAUUGGCAUAAGCAAUACAACAUAGAUCUCCACUGCGCAGUCAAUUGAGUCAAGUGUUUCUUCAUUUCACUUUGUUGAUUUAGUGUCAAGACAAGGGGUUAUUUGUGGGCAAUACUGUAGACGUUCACUUUAAAAAGAAAAUUCGCCAGUCUUGACUUUCUCCUGUAACUAAUUUUAAAAUCUUAAUUUCUUUUUAAAUAAAGUUCAGAUACAUUUUACAGUAUUUAAACAACUUAUAGACAUUUCUACGUUUUAUCACACUUUUGCUGUCUUAGUGGCAAAUGUAGUAAAAAAAAAACCAUUUUAAUAGUGUAUCCACAGUACCAGGUACUUUAUAGUUUAGCAGAAACAAUGCCAAAAUAAAAGCCUCUGCUGCCAGAACUGAGAAUUAUUCCUGUCAUUACACAAUGAGUGAUUCAAAGCAUUCGAUUCACACACGUCCCCCAACAAAAAAAAUCUGAUUCUUUGACCAUUUAUAGCAGAGAUUUGAUCUUCACAGUGCGCAGUGACGCAGAAAACGUUUUGUUUUGGCAUCCUUACAUAAAUUUGAAAUGAACACAGCUGUUGCUCCACAUAGAGGAACAAGGACCAACUAAUGUCCCGAUGUAAAUUUAUUUCUUUUCUAUACUGAACGAGUCACAAUUGGAGCUAAAAAGGGUUGCUUGAGACUUAUUUUAAUUUGUAAUUAGUAAGAGGAAAAGGCCGCGGACAAUGCAGAGAGGCAUCAAAAGGAAAAAGAUCAGGGACCAAAUGUAAUGCUUUUUUUCUAAAACUGCCACAAAACAGUCCAAGGGGAAAAAUUAUCUGUUCUUAAUGAUUUUUUUUUUUUUUUUACAAAAUCAGGUUUGUGCCAAAAGUGUCGUAAAAUUCUUUAAGUGUAAAAGAAGCUCACCGUUCAACCCAAAUUGUGUCAAAUCUUGUUGUCAAUGACAUGUAACAUUUCAGUCUUGAGUGUCAGCGCAGUAAACGCAUCAUGCUGUAAUGCAUUGCUUGUUUUUGUUAAAGUAAUUGCUUCUGUAUAAUUCAUGUAUGCAUUUGUACAAUUGUGUGUAUGUGUGGCCUACAAAAAGUCUUUUUGUACAUGAAAUACACAACUUGUGUUCCCAAAAUAUUACCAUCUGCCUUAAGUUGAUAUAAUAGCUGUUAAAAAAUAUGUUAAAAUAUAUAUAUAUAUAUAUGUCCUAGAGGUUUAUGGCUGAUUUCAAUCUUUUUGGUUUGUAUGCAAACUUAUCUCAGGUAAUUUGAGUACCUUACUAUUUUAAGUUGGAAGAAGUGAUUUCAAUUUAACUGGAAAGAUUAACGGAUGUAUUUUGAGUAUACUUUUGGAAUCCAUAGGUUCGGUGUGCCAUGUGUCAUUUAUCCCACACCUUCAACAAAUGCCUGAAUUAAAUUCUUGACAUAA